GAAAAAUAUAUAAACUUUUAAACUUAAAUGCAAUUCUACUGUUUAUUUUUGAAAAAUUUCGUACAUUCAUAUCUCUGAAAUGUUUAAAAUUAUCGUUUGUGUUUUUGUUGCGAGUUUAUUGUUAAGAGGCAAUUCAAAAAAAUUAUCUGGCACUGAAUUUGAUGAUGCUGUAAAAAUUUUAAAUGCUGGUCUGACUAAGCUUAAAGAUGCUACGGGGGAUUGGUAUACAGCGCGCGAAGUAGAGGCUGCUUUUAAAUUCAUACCUAAUGAAGUGUAUUCUUAUGAAAUUACUGUUUCCGACUAUAGAAGUGACCGUAAGAAUUGCACGAUAACGGUAACUUAUAGUUAUGGCGUAUAUAAUGCUUUGGUAAGUGUACAAUGUGAAGGUGAAACGGCAGUGAAUAAAACAAUUGUUAAUCAGGUGAAUGUUGAAAUUGUUCCGUAACGAUUUAUAAUAUGUGCAUUAGUUAGAAAAUAAAACAUAUUCAUGUCAAUAUUAUUUAUACAAAUUUUAUAAAUAAACGUUGUUAUAACAUCUCUUA